AUGCCGGGCCCCACAUACGCCUCCCCCGAAGCCGCCAGUAGAGGAGCAGAGGAAGGAGCGACAUCCGGGCACCGUCGCCGGAAGUUCGAAGAAUACGCUCGAGACGACCCGAACACACUAUUCCUUGGAGGGAAACCACAGUCCGACCACACACAAGCGACUACAAUCAAGGAGAUGGGCUGGUUCUCAGAUCUUGGGAAUGAGGGCGGGACAUCCGACGCGAUCAUUCGAGUAGCGUUCAUGAGCGAAUAUCUAUGCACCCAUGAGAUUUCGGGACGUUCAAUUUGGCUGCUCCACAAGGAUAUUCAGUCAGGCUCGAACAAAGCUUAUCUGAAAACUCGGCAGGUCAAUAAGAUGGCUCAAAACUGGCAAUGCAAGAUAUGCACGGAUUUUCUACUCCCAACAGCUCGUCACCUUGUAGCGCGAUGCAAGGAUCAAGGAAUUGAUCUACUGGCGGUAUCCUCAUCAGAACGGAAGACCUACAUUCAGGAUUCAUGGCCUAAAGAUACAAAGGACAUGAUAACCCUGAUAUAUCGCAUGUACCAGCCAAUCAUUGGGCACGUCGACCUUGGGAGUAUCUUCUCCCCACCAGAGGGAAUUUCAAUAGAGAGAAGGCGACUUUGCAAGAAGUGGCGAGACUUCUUAAAGUCAGUUUGGUUCCGAGGCAUAGAGGAGACAAUCGACAUUCGUGUCCGGGCACAGACUAACCCAGAUGGAAACCAAGAACAAGCCGAAGAGCAGCGCAAGACUUCAGCCAUCUUUUUUGAUUGCUGGAGGGAUAUGACGACCCGAGGCGUUGUCCCAAAGUGUCCUCCUAUUUCUGAUCUGAUUGUCCUACCAGACGGUCUAUCCAGCAACCGCAAGCGGAGGCGGGUAUCCAACCCUUCGAAAGACACCGUACCUCAGGAAGACCAUAGCGAACCUCCUUCUCUCAUUACAGCGACUCAAUCCGGUUAG